GUCUACCAGAUAUUACUCGAUAUAGCCUGGGAGACAGAGCCGGUGCCUCCGCCUUGCGUCUGCUGCCGCCUGCCGCUGUUCUUCCUCGUGUCAGGGCUGUGCAAAACAGAAACUACUAAUAUGGAACGGAGGGAGUACACUCCAUAGCCAUAAUUUCAGAGACCUCACUCCCCAAAUAAACAGAAAUGCUAAGGGCAACCAUGUCAACAAUUUCUCUUCCCUUUCAAUAUACACAUUCUCUCAAGCACUUGUUCUCCCUUUACCCUUUCCAAAAGCCCCUUAUCCAGGUUUUCUCUAAGCCAAGAAAGAUUACAACUACUGCAAGACGACUGUUUUCGCUGAAACCCCUUGCAGUUUCAUCCCCAAUCAGGAUCUAUGGGGAUGAAAAAAUCAAUCCCACAUACUUAUCUUGCUCGAUGCCUCACAAGAAUCCUCUCAAAGUGGCGGUUUUGGUUAGUGGUGGUGUUGAUAGCAGCGUGGCUCUUCGGCUACUUCAUGCUGCUGGACAUUCCUGCACUGCUUUCUAUCUCAAGAUUUGGUUUCAAGAAGACUUUGAGAACUAUUGGUCUGAAUGCCCAUGGGAGGAUGACUUGAAAUAUGCAAAGGCUGUUUGUGACCAGGUUGAUGUACCAUUGGAAGUUGUCCAUUUGACUGAUGAAUAUUGGAAUAAUGUGGUGUCAUAUAUCAUUGAGGAGUACAAAUGUGGCAGGACUCCAAAUCCAGAUGUCCUUUGUAAUACUAGAAUAAAAUUUGGUGCUUUUAUGGAUGCCAUUAGUGGAAUGGAAUUUGACUUUGUUGCUUCGGGACAUUAUGCAAAGAUUGUCCAUGCAUCUACUGCGCAGCUGGAUGAACCUUCUAUCUUGGAAUUGUCAAAAGAUAUGGUCAAGGACCAAACCUACUUCCUUUCUCAUCUCUCACAGGCUCAGCUUAAACGACUUAUUUUCCCACUUGGAUGUAUCCAAAAGGAUGAAGUUCGCAUGCUUGCUAAGUCAUUUAAUCUACCAAACCAAGACAGGAAGGAUUCACAAGGAAUAUGCUUUCUCGGCAAGAUAAAAUUCAGUGAAUUUGUUGCUAGACACAUUGGAGAAUCAGAAGGUAUUAUAUUGGAAGCAGAGAAUGGAGAUUAUCUUGGAAACCACCGUGGUUUUUGGUUCUAUACUAUUGGCCAGCGCCAAGGUUUACGUCUUCCUGGAGGGCCCUGGUAUGUUGUGGAGAAGGAUAUUAAAAAUAAUGUUGUCUAUGUAUCAAGAAAUUAUUUCUCUGUUGACAAGAAAAGACGGUUAUUUCGCGUUGGAUCCUUGAAAUGGCUCAGUGGUUUAUUUCCUAAACAAAUCAAUGAGCUUCAAUGCAAGGUUCGUCAUGGUCCCAGUUUUUACAACUGCAGCUUGGUCAUGGAAGUUGAUCAACAUGGCCAGGAAGUUGCAGUUGUCCGGUUAUCUGGAGAUGAUCAGGGUUUGGCAGCUGGACAGUUUGCGGCCUUUUACGAUGGAAGGACUUGUAUUGGUUCUGGCAUAAUACUAGAGUCAUGGGAUGAUCAGGGAUAUCCUAUAUGUGAGAGGGCUCUUGAAAUUGCUCGAAUGGAAGAUAAAUCCAAGCUCGGGAAACCAGUCAAGAUAAUGGUAAAAACUGAGCUUAGUGUUACUACAAUCUGAUUAUGACUACCAGGAAAAUCCUUAUACUACUAAUUAUAGAAUCAUUUUCAACAUGAGUGCUUUCUGAACAAUGGGAUUUCGCCUGAUUUGGUAACCGUUAAAUUGACUGUGAUAGCUUGAAGAACAGCAAAGUGACAAAGUGUUUUAGGCUCUAUACUUGUGAACUCUUGAAAU